CUUUUAGGUUCUCAUUUUUAUUUGUUUCCUAAUUAAUUUGAAUUCAGUUUUUUUUCCUCUUCCACUUUUGAUGAAUACAUAAUACAUAUACUGUUUUGAACUUGAUAGUAGUGAUGAACAAAGUAAUUUUGAUGAUGGUGAUCAAGAGGAAGAAACGUGUGAAGCCUAUUUUGGUGAACAUUGGUUUGGCCUUUGGAUUUUCUUUUGCUGGAUUUCUAUGCUCUCGCCUUAGAAUCAAUCAAGGUCAUGAAUGUGAAGAUGAUUUAGGACCAGAUAUUAUUGAUGCAACAUGCACUACUUCCAGCACUCUUGAGGAGGAGGAAGAAACACAAACCAACGGGUCGUGGAGUGGAAAUUCUCCUAUUGAUCUUCUUAGUAACACUAUACAAAAUGGUGAUAGAGUUGAGUUCCUUCUACCUGAAUUUGAUGAGAUCGUUAAGGAGGUAGAGUUCGAAGUAGAGGCGCUGCCGAGGUUUAAAGUAGGAUCUUCUAGAGCAUAUGCAGGUCUUGAUAAGGGUGACUAUGAACAAGAGAUACAGCAACUCAAGAACAUGGUUAGAUUGCUUCAAGACAAGGAACAAAGUCUUGAGGUUCAGCUGAUUGAGUUCUGUGGUCUUAGAGAGCAAGAAACAGAUGUGAUUGAACUCGAGAAUAGAUUGAAGAUAAGUAAUAUGGAGGUAGAGAUGUUCAAUCUGAAAGCUGAAAACUUACAGUCCGAGAAUCGGAGAUUAAGGGAACAGGUUGCUGAUUAUGCAAACAUGCUGGCUGAGCUUGACGCAGCAAAAGAAAAAAUCGAACGGCUCAAUGAGGAAAUUAGGCGCGAAGCUGAACAGGCGAAAGAGCAGAUCGUUAGCCAUCAGCAAAGAGUAGCCAAGUCGCAAAAGUUAGAGGCGUUUGAGUCUGAAGUAGAAGAGUUGAGGGAAUCUAAUUCAAGAUUGCAGAUAGAAAAUUGUGACUUAACUAGAAGAGUCGAUUCCACGCAGAUCCUUGCUUAUGAUGCGAGUCAAGAAAGUGAGCGUCUUAGGAAAGAAAAUGACGAUUUGAUGAAGCAAAUUGAGAAACUACAAUCUGAUCGACGUUCAGGUAUUGAAGAAUUAGUGUACAUGCGAUGGAUAAAUGCUUGUAUACGACGUGAGCUGCAGAAUCAUCAGGCUCCACACACUAAAACAAUUGCAAAGGACCUAAGUAAAAGCUUAAGCCUUUCUUCUGAGAAGAAAGCCAAGCAAAGUACUAUGGAUUUUGAUUUAAAUCAAUGGUCCUCCUCGCAAUCUUCUUCCAUUACCGGCUCCGGAGAGUAUGAUCAUUUUUCUUCUGCUAAUAAUUCACCGGCUUCUAGAACUAAUGCCGCAAGGCAGAAUAAGUUUUUUAGCAAGAUUAGAAGGUUGAUAUUAGGAAAGGAUAGACAUCAUUGUCAUAGCCAGGUUUCAUCUAGAUAUCAAGAAGAUAGCGUUUCUCAACAGCCGAGUACAUCAAGGAGAUAUUCAAGUUUUGACGGAGAAUGUUCGUUCUCCGACUUCUUAGGCUUAGAGAAACCUGAUUUUGAGAUAUACACAGAAGCUCUAAAAGAUUCUAGUGCGAAUGAUAAACAUCAAAGACGAGGAAGAUCAGCAUCAUUUAGUUAGUUUGUUUUAGCUUAUGGUCAAUAUGUAAGAUUUAACCCUUUCUGAUUUAUUUUGUAAUACAGAAGAAUGUGUUUUCUAUCA